AUGGUCGUUAGGAAUGGGGAAUCCCCACCGUCCUUCCCCGCAUGCAUACACACACACACCUUCUCUCUCUUACACACCUCGGCCACCAGUAUGCCCGUAUUACUGACGCCUUGCGCCCCCGCGUCAUUCGAGAUGCUCCUUUUGAUUCCAGAAGCCAACCGGCUGCCCUACAGCCGAUAUCGUCAUCCCCCAUGGCCAAGCACGUCGAUGCUACCUCGCGCAUAUCCAACCCCGCGACCUUCCACCCUGAGUUAG